CUCUUCUCAAUUCUCAUUACCUUGUAAGUGUUCUCUUUGUUGUGUUAAUUCAACUCAGUUUCUGAAUUCUAUCUUUUAAUUAAGCUCAGAUCCUGUAGUUGUGUGUUUCUAUCUUCAUGGCGGUCUUGCUGCUUAAUUAGUGAUUUAGAAGACGGGCCAAAUAAUUAAAUAUACGGUGGGUGGAGUACUUGCAAAGCGGGCACCAUAGUUACCAUUAUGUCUGAACUGAUUGAAGGCCUCCCUGAUGCUGUUGCUCUAAGGUGCCUAGCACGUGUCCCCUUUUACCUUCACCCUAAGUUAGAACUGGUGUCUCGUUCUUGGCGAGCUGUCGUUCACAGUGCUGAGUUAUUCAAAACCAGGCAAGAAGUUAACUCCACGGAGGAAUUCUUGUGCGUCUGUGCCUAUGAUCCAGAGAAUCUGUGGCAGCUUUACGAUCCCCUCCAUGACCUUUGGAUCACCCUCCCUGUCCUUGAAUCACAAGUUAGGCAUCUUGCAUACUUUGGUGCAGUCUCCACUGCUGGAAAAUUAUUUGUACUAGGCGGUGGCAGUGAUGCAGUUGAUCCUUUAACUGGUGACCAUGAUGGAAGCUUCGCUACGGAUGCUGUCUGGUCAUAUGAUCCUGUUACCAGGCAUUGGGCUAUGUGUGCAUCCAUGCUAGUGCCUCGUGUAAUGUUUGCAUGCUGCGUACUAGAUGGUAAGAUAGUUGUGGCUGGUGGUUUCACUAGCUGCAGAAAAUCCAUCUCGCAAGCUGAAAUUUAUGAUCCUGAAAAGAAUGUCUGGACAUCAAUACCUGACCUUCAGCGCGCACACAAUACUGCUUGCACGGGAGUAGUUAUAGGGGGCAAGAUGCACGUCUUGCACAAGGGGUUGUCAACAGUGCAGAUAUAUGAUAAGGAAGCACAGCGUUGGAUAGUUUAUGACUGUUCAUGGCUCCAGGGUGCAAUGGCAGUAGUUAAAGGUGAGGUGUAUGUGAUGAGUCAUGGUUUGAUACAGAAGCAGGUGGGAGAAGAGAGGAAGGUGGUAGUUUCUGCAUCUGAGUUCCGUAGGAGAAUUGGCUGUGCAAUGAUAGGUUUAGGAGAUGAUAUAUACAUCAUUGGAGGAGUCAUUGGACCAGAACGAUGGAACUGGGAUAUCAAGAAGGUGUCUGAUGUAGAUGUCCUGUCACUUGGGUCUGAGAGGCCUGUUUGGCGGCAAGUCACUCCAAUGACCCGAUGCAGGGGAACUGUAUUUGGCUGUACACAGCUGAGAAUAUAGGCUUUACUUGGUUGGGGGUUAAAUUUCAUGCGUUCAACUUUGUUGUCCUUGAUAUGAAGGAAUCAACUUUUAGAAGUUCCCUCGCCUGUAAACCAUAAUUGUUUUUUUUUUUAUAUGUUUUUGAAGGAACUUCUGUUAUAAUAGUACACCAAAUAUAUAUAUAUCUUAUUAGCUAUGAUGAAUUAUAGAUUUUUGCUUGGAA